GGUAAAUGUCAGUCACAUGAUCAGACAAAAUGGCGCUCUCAGGUGUUCAGAUUUUGUUGAUGAUUGGCAUGCUUGUCACGGGUAGUAUUAACACAUUGAGCAAAAAGGCACAGAAUGAUUGUGUCGUUGAAGGUUAUCCAGAUAGAAGUUCCAACAACACAACUAAACCUCAUGAAUUUGAUCAUCCCUGGUUUCAGACUUGGAUCAUGUUUAUUGGAGAAAUGUGCUGUUUAAUAGGACUUUGCAUAGCAAGGAGGAGAGAAAGACAGGCAUAUUUAAAGAAGGAAGCUCUGUCACGUAAGCAGGAAGGUGAAGUCUUGGAACCACUUGUCCAAAAAAAAGUGUUUCACUUGAUAUUCCUGAUACCAACACUGUGUGAUUUGGUGGGAACAUCUCUGGCAGGUAUUGGUCUUCUGUAUGUUGAUGCUUCUGUCUGGCAGAUGUUACGGGGAUCCAUCAUAAUAUUUGCUGGAAUUCUUUCUAAAAUAUUUCUGAAAAGAAAACUGCAAGCUAUUCACUGGCUAGGGAUGAUCGUCACCAUGCUGGGCUUGGUGCUGGUUGGAUGUUCUAGUGUCUUCCAGAAUCAUCACGGCACAAGCGCCUCACACACAUUGCUAGGAAUUGCCCUUAUUAUUGGAAGUCAACUGGUUAGUGCCAGCCAAAUGGUAAUAGAAGAAUUAUUUCUGAAAAGCAGAAACUUUAACCCUUUACAAGUUGUUGGAAUGGAAGGAACUUUUGGAUUUCUCACAAUGUCUUUGGCUGUUCUACCAGCCAUGUACUUCAUCCCCGGUCCCCAAGUGAACGACAGCUAUGAGAACAGUUUAGACGCUCUCUACCAGAUCGCCAACAGCAGCAAACUGCUCAUCUUCUGUCUUCUCUACCUCGUUUCCAUAGCAUUCUACAACUACUUCGGAUUGUCGGUCACUAAGUCUCUCACAGCCGUUCAUAGGACAUUGAUUGAUGCCUGCAGAACUAUUCUGGUAUGGGCAGCUGAUCUUGUGACGUAUUAUGCCUUUGAUAAGAAUUUUGGAGAACCCUUUGAUAAAAGUUAUGGGCUUUUGCAAGUGGAUGGGUUUCUGUUUCUCCUGAUUGGCACGGCCCUGUACAACCAGCUGGUGGACCUGUCGUGGAUUCACUGCCUGAGGAAACUGGAAGAGCUGAAACCGGUUGACACCACCAUCACAGUUCCCUCCCCUAAACACAUACAGAGGGGCGACUUUGAGGAGUCGUACCAGUCUUUUGAUGAACACUCACGAUUAAUUGACCAUGACGAAGUCGAACCCUCCUACUCUUAACUGUGAUCUAUUGUUUUUAGAUAACAUUUCAUCAGAGUCCAUAUUUCAUCCAUGUAUAUAUCUCAUUUAUGUAUAAUGUUAUAUUAUUAAUAUCUUCCAUAUAUAUUAAAGCUUUCAUAUACAUAUAUAUAUAUGUAUAUUAUGUAUUAUGUAUAUAUAUAUAUUAUGUAUUAUGUAUAUAUAUAUUAUGUAUUAUACUUGAAUAAUGUCUUUUUGGGUAUAAUACUAUUCACUAGAAAAUUAAAAUAGUAAGACUGAAAAAUUACAAUUCUCAUGGUAAUUGAUAGCAUAUUGUGAUAUCAUGUUAUUUUAGUUUUAUAACUGUACACAGGUGUGAGUUGUUUGAUGAUUCAUUGUUUCAUUCUAGUCAUGUAGAGGCGGGACGUAACUAGGAUCAAUCUCCAUCAGCGGGCCCAUUGGGCUAUUUCUCUGUCCAACCAGUGGUAUCAAAGGCCGUGCUCUGUGCUAUCCUGUCUGUGGGAUGGUACAUAUAAAAAAAUCCCUUCCUACAAAUGAGAAAAUAUUUCCUCUAAGACUAUAUGUCAAAAUUAAAAAAUAUUUGACAUCCAAUAAACGAUUAAUAAAUCAAUGUGCUCUAGUGGUGUCAUAAAAAAAACCCCUUGUUUUCUACCUUUUAUGCUUCCACCAACAAAAGGGAUAACGCUUAUUCUUUCGAUCAAAGAAACCAUCCGUUCAUUUGAACAAAAUACAUUUUUAGAAGUAUUACAUGAUCACAAAAUCAGUCACAUGCAAAGAUCGAAAGGUAGGUUACCAUUAGUUGUCAUCCAUUUAUUAUAUUUUAAUAAUAAAAAUAUUUUGUUUUAUUUUCUCAUCUGUACACAUUUUCACAGACGUAUUAACGAUGACACAGCAUUCCUACUGGGUUGCAGUCUGUGAUAUAGUCUCAUGUAUUCCAAUGAGUAAUUAGUGUGGCCUUUGGUAUUAUUGUAUGAUUUUUGCUCAGUGCCAAAAUUUAUUUUAUUUUCAAUUGUAAAAAUAAGUCUAGAAUUUUUAGUAAUUUUAUUAUUAUUAAUUUUUUUCAUUGCAACUUAAAAUGUACCACUUUUAGUGUAACUUUUAAUAAAAUGUGUUAUUCGCCAA